AAACAGUUCCCUCCCUCUCACUAUACUCUUCCCACAACCAAAGCAGUUGAAUGCAGUGAAAUAUCGCCGAUGCUCACGAUUAAGCGGUAUCCUGGGGCGACAAAGUUUACUGUGUACACUAGCAAGUGCCACGGGACGCAGAUGUUUGCUAUAUGCUUCAUAUCGUUCGGAAUUGGCGUCACCGCCAUGGCUUUUGAAACGUCGCCCCGGUUGAUCGUGUUUUUGGCACAGCUUAUCUUCAUUCUUUCGAUGUACGAGAUUAUUAGUGGUGUAAAUCACGAAUCAUUCUUAGUCGUUAAGGGUUUGGGCAUCCAGACGAAUUGUCACUCUAUCGUGCCUUGGAAAUCAUCCUCGAAGCUAAUACCCCUGUCCUCCAUCCGGGAAAUAUUUAUAAACGAGGGUUUCCGGCGGUAUGGUGUCGUUUACUACAUGGGCAUCAUUGUCGAGCACGAACCCAUGAUCCACGUCGUCUUCCCCACGCUGCUGCCCCGGAAAAACGUGCUUAUAAAGGUGUACACGGAAGUCAGAAAGACACUGGACGAGUCGAUAUAGCCCAACCGUCGAGCAACAGCCUCUUUUUCGCGUCGAUUCUGUUGACACUUUAACCUUUUGCAGCGCAGCAGCUCCUACUGCUGCCCUACGUCACGCGUCCCUCCUAUUCCUCUCGCCUGCUUACACCACCACAAGGCUGAUCCUGCUCCGCCGCUGGUUUCGGUGCGGCUCGUUAUCCACUCUUGUGUGUCCUUGCGCACUCCACCACAAACCCCCACUCCUCUUCCCCCACAAAAAAGCAGUCACGUUCGUUGUGUACAUGGCAAGAACGAGCUUUCCUGCAACCC